AUGGCUGCUACUGAAAUGAGUGAGGCUGAACAAAUCAAAACAUUCAAAGACUUUUUGGUGCAGUACAAUAAGCUGUCAGAACUUUGUUUUACUGAUUGCGUACAUGAUUUUACCUCCAGAUCACUUAAAUCUUCCGAGGAGAAAUGCACUUUGAAUUGUAUGGAAAAAUAUCUGAGAACAAACCAGAGAGUAUCCCAAAGGUUUCACGAGUUUCAAAUGCUGGCUAAUGAGAACAUGUUGGCUUUAGCUCAGAAGUCUGGCAACCCAAGCUAA